UGUAGGGGGUGGUGGGUGACGGGCGGGGCUGAGGAAGAAGAGCAAGGGAAUUGGGACGGUUGAGGGAGAUUAUAAUUUCUUUGAAAAGAGGGGUGGGGAGAGGCUAUGGCCGUCCCAGCCAAAAAGAGGAAGAUGAACUUCUCCGAGCGAGAGGUGGAGAUCAUCGUGGAAGAGCUGGAACUGAAGAAGCACCUGCUGGUGAACCACUUCAACGCUGGCGUCCCUCUGGCUGCCAAGAGUGCAGCCUGGCACAGCAUCCUGAGAAGGGUCAACGCUGUGGCCACCUGCCGCAGGGAGCUGCCCGAGGUCAAGAAGAAGUGGUCUGACCUCAAAACCGAGGUCCGUCGCAAGGUUGCCCAGGUCCGGGCAGCCGUGGAGGGGGGCGAGGCGCCAGGGCCCACGGAGGAGGAUGGAGCUGGUGGGCCUGGGACAGGUGGUGGCAGUGGCCCCGGCGGCCCAGCUGUAGCCCCUGUACUGCUCACCCCCAUGCAACAGCGCAUCUGCAACCUGCUGGGCGAGGCCACCAUCAUCAGCCUGCCCAGUACCACGGAGAUCCAUCCCGUGGCCCUCGGACCCACGGCCACUGCAGCUGCAGCCACGGUCACCCUGACACAGAUCCCCGCAGAGACCACCUAUCACACGCUGGAGGAGGGGGUGGUGGAAUACUGCACGGCAGAGCCCCCCCCACCCCUGCCGGCGGAGGCGCCCGUGGAGAUGAUGGCCCAGCACGCCGAGGCCGCCGUCAAGCCGCAGGCGCUCAAGAGUCGCAUCGCCCUCAACUCGGCCAAGCUGAUCCAGGAGCAGAAGGUCACCAACCUGCACGUGAAGGAGAUCGCCCAGCACCUGGAGCAGCAGAACGACCUGCUGCAGAUGAUCCGCCGCUCCCAGGAGGUGCAGGCCUGCGCCCAGGAGCGCCAGGCCCAGGCCAUGGAGGGCACCCAGGCAGCUCUGAGCGUCCUCAUCCAGGUCCUCCGGCCCAUGAUCAAAGAUUUCCGCCGCUACCUGCAGAGCAACACGCCCAGUCCGGCCGCUGCCUCCGACCCGGGACAGGUGGCCCAGAACGGGCAGCCAGAUAGCGUCAUCCCGUGAGGGCUGCUCGGCCCGCCUUCUGCUGUCUCGGGCGACGCCACCAUGGUCCUGUAAGUGGGUUCCGUGACUGGACAGCUCCCUCUGCCAGAGAUGUAGGGGCCCCCUGUUUCUGAGAAUUGAAGGAGACUGGGAAGAGGCGCUUGUUGUGUUCCUGUGAAAUCCUCCCACGAGAACCCCACGAUUGGCUAGCUGUGGGUCAGGCCUGGGAGUGGCACGUGUCGUCAUGCGCUUGCUGGACUUGUGUCUAGCACAGCUGUCAGGAAGGCUCUCCCGUGGGGACCUUCACACAACUGGGGCUCCCUGCUGAGCCAGCUCCCCACCGGCCCUCAGGCUGCCAUCUUUUUGAGUGAGGUCAUGGUGGUGGUGCAGUAAGAGCUUCCCCUCCCUCGGAAGGCAGAGUGACGUACCGAAGGAGGAAACCCUUUCUCCCUCCUCGCUGCGCCUCAGUUCUCAGGGACGCUAGUCACUGCCAGGCUUUCCCCCACCCCCACAUACACCAAGCAGGGCCCUGACUACCAAUACACCUGCCAGCCGGCCCAGGCAUGUGUGUGCUCUGAGGUUGGCCUGGCACCUGAUCUCCCGGGCUGCCCGCAGGUCAAACCACAGGCUGCUGUCCACCUUGGAGUCCGCCCUCUGGAAGCCUCUUACCCUUCUGCAGCGGGAGAGAGCUGGUGGCACUGCCCAGAGGCCGAUUCAAGCCAGUUGCAUUUAUUCUGGCUGAGCACCCUCCUGGCGGCCGCCACAACUUCUCUGGGCCACUCUGCGAAUUCCAAAGCUCAGUGCCCAGCACACCCCGGAGCCCCUUGACACAGGACACAGCGCCUGUGUGUGAUGAGACCCCCCCUGACGGCGGGGUAUCUGGAGACCCGAUGGGCCCUCAGAAUGUGAGGCAGGAGAGUCAGAACGCCAAAAAGUGGGACCUUGGAUCUCUGGGGAAGAGCAGGCCCACCUCAGUGUGCUGCAGUGGGUGCUACUCCCUGUUCGUCUGGAUGUUUUCUCCCUGUUCGUGGGGCGCCUACCCAGAGGGCAUUUGUCUGUUUCGUUUGCAGAACUGCAUUGAUGACUGAGACCCCCGCCUUCCUCCCAGGCUGCUGCUCAGCUUGGUCCUUUGGCCGCCGGAGCCUUGGCCAAACGUGACCCGAGGGCUAAGGUGCCCGGCUCCGGGGCUCAGCCACACAGCAGGUGCUGACCUUGUGGGCAGGUUUGUUUAGACUUGCUCAGCCCCAGUGUUGCCAGCAUGGGCAGAUGCCCCCACAGGUGGCUGGGAUGCGGCUGCUGCCCACCCGCCUGGAGGGCACAGGCAGUGCCAGCUACAGAGAGCUGGAGCAGAAUCCAGCCCGAGCACAGUUGGGUGGCGAAAGGAAAGCCCUUCUCACUGUGACCUGACUCCCCAGGCAUCUGCCUCCGUGGAACCUGAUGGCUCUUCAGGGGAGCAGUGGGGACUCCGCUGGGGUUGCCCCACUGGGGUCUGGUGGUUCUCUGGGGUUGGGAAUCUGAGCCAAUAUUGUAUCUGUUCCAGUUGGGUAUAAAGAGCAAACCUGGAUCACUUCUGCUGGUUCCUUCCAGGUCAUACUUUGAAAUUAAAGAAAUAUCACCUUUUUUACACCCUUUCGUGUCUCUAUAUAUGGAUUAUAUGUGGUAGAGCUAGGAGCUGCCAGAGAGCACAAACUGGCUCACUGACCCACCAUC